AUGGAGGCGCUGAUACGUGCACUUCGGAACCGCGACAUACCUCUGAACGAAGAUGAUGUGGCCUGGGCAUUUGAAGGCACGCAGACCCGCCGUGAUGCAUCAAAAUGGGUUCAACAGUACCUGCGACCCUCUACACUGUUGACGAAAGACGAACUGGAAUUGUGAGAUCAUUUCGUAUUGGGGCAUUGUUGUGUAUGCUGACUUCCUGACAGCUAUGAGAAGCGAGGCAUUGAAGUGCCAAAUUGUGAAGAUGCCCCGGGAAGGCCCCUGUCCGAUGCCGAGAUUGAAGCGGCCAUUACCUCUCUGGAAAACAGUACCAGUGCUAUUGAGAAGCAGUGCCAGAUACUUGAAUCUCAGAAGAGAGCACUUCGGGAGAUUCAAACUCGGAACGCAUCGAGCAGCCAAGCCAGCACUGACGCCAAAGGUAGCCGACAGAAGAAAUUUGCACGCGAGAAGGCGCAACUGGACUUCGAUAUUGAUGAUCUGGUGCAGGCCACGAUUGGCCGUCUUAGAUCCUCCAUCAAGCAGACCGACGUAGCCACCACAGGAAUACCUUCGCAGAUUGACCGGAUUCUGGAGAAGGACGACAGGCUACUCGAUGGGUUGCAGAAGUUACUGCCCAAGCUCUCUGAGUCGAUGACGGACGGCGAAGACGCGACGCAGGUUGAGCAACUAUGCUCCACGUUGAACAAACUUUUUGUCAAGGAAAUCCGCGCUCGGCUGGACAGAGUGUACCAAGAGAAUACAGGCGUUGGUGAUGAUCUUGCCAAUGGAUCGAGUGAGGACCUCUCCGGCCAGCAGAAGAAGCAGCGUGAUAAUCUUCGUGCCGAGCUCGAAGAAUUAGGAGGCGAAGUGGAUGGUCUGGUUGCAAUAGUGGUUGACCAUCAGUACCGCAAGCCGCUCAAGCAAGGGGCAAUCUCCUCGCGAGCCGAUUCGCAAUUACAAAAGGCUAAGUGGACCGAGUACACAGUCUCUGCCCUGGUCUACCUCACUUCGAGGCUUGAUGCUCUCAACGACCAUGUCCAGCAUAUGCACGCGCUUGGUGCUGCCUUACGGGCGAUCUCCAGCACUUUGGACGACACACUCACGGAGCCAGAUGUCAAGUCUGGCGCAAUCGACCGCACCGGCUCGCCCACGAUAGAAAGGACCACCUCGAAGGGUCUGAAACCAUUACGGCUGGUGCAAGCCAAUCUUUCUGAAGGCCAAGAUCCUGCAAUGCAAUUCUUUAGACAGCAUGAAAUCCGCGUUUCGGACAGCGACAACACCUCGAGGCUUGCUGAAAUGUUGCAAUCCACCCUCCGGGACCGCAGAGAGCGCCUCGCCAAGCUCGACAAGAACACUGAGCUCAGCAUGACUGAAGGGACAGGACGCUCACUGGCCAAGGUAUACCAGGAUAGCGAAGACGUGCUGAGCGCAGUCUACGCUCAAUCGAAAUACAGCGAGACCCAGCUCGUUGAUGGCACCUUACAGUCUGCAUUGGACGUCCUUGAAAAUUCGACGCAGAGACUGGGAGAUGAAAUGCGUGAGCUUGAUGUGGACGCCGUUGCAAAGGCUUUGGCAGCGAAGCAAGCCGAAGUUGUGCGCAAAUUGACGACAUGA